UUCGACAUCCGAGCGGUGAUAUGGAAGAGAAGUCUUGCGAAUGCCCCGAGUGUGGGAAAGGAUUCAGCUGUAGAGCAACACUAAUGAGGCACCAGAGAAUCCACACUGAAGAGAAACCACAUGAAUGUUCUCACUGCGGUAAAAGCUUCAGCCAGAGGACGAACUUAAUGAGUCAUCUGAGAAUCCAUACCGGGGAGAGACCAUAUCAGUGUCCCCAAUGUGGGAAAGGGUUCCGGUGGAAACUACACCUGAAGAGACAUCAGAAAAUCCAUACAGGAGAGAAACCUCACAAAUGUUCUGAAUGUGGGAAAAGCUUCUCUCGGAGAGAUACGUUGAUCAAUCAUCAGCGAACACAUACAGGAGAGAAGCCCUAUGAAUGUCCCGAGUGUGGGAAGAACUUCAAUCAUCCAUGUAACUUGAUCGAACACAAGAAAACCCAUACAGGAGAGAGACCGCAUGCAUGCUCUGUGUGUGGUAAAAACUUCUUGCGGAGAGAUACAUUGAUCAAACAUCAGAGAACCCACACAGGGGAGAAGCCUUAUGAAUGUGCCGAGUGUGGAAAAACUUUCAAUCACCCAUCCAUUCUCGUUGUACAUCAAAGGAUUCACACUGGGGAGAGGCCAUAUGAAUGCUUGGAAUGUGGGAAGAGCUUCAGUGUGAGAGGCAGCCUUAUUUUACAUCAGAGGAUUCACAUAGGGGAGAAGCCAUAUGAAUGCUUGGAGUGUGGAAAGAACUUCCGUCAGCGUGGCCAACUAACAGUUCAUCAAAGGAUUCACACUGGGGAGAGGCCAUAUGAAUGCUGGGAAUGUGGGAAGAGCUUCAAUGACAAGGGCCAUCUAACUGCACAUCAAAGGAUUCACACUGGAGAGAAGCCAUAUAAAUGCUUGGAGUGUGGGAAGAGCUUCUGUCAGGGUAGCCAAUUAGCAGCACAUCAAAAGAUUCACUCAGGGGAGAAGCCAUAUCAGUGCUUGGAGUGUGGGAAGAGAUUCGCUCACAAGGCCGUACUAACAGUACAUCAAAGGAUUCACACAGGAGAGAAGCCGUAUAAAUGCUUGGAGUGUGGGAAGAGCUUCUCUCAGAGCAAUGACCUACGUAUUCAUCAAAGGAUUCACACAGGGGAGAGGCCAUAUAAAUGUUUGGAGUGUGGAAAGAGCUUCAGUAGGAAGAAGGGACUUACAGCACAUCAGCGAAUUCACACAGGGGAGAAGCCCUAUAAAUGCUUGGAGUGUGGAAAGAGCUUUUCUCUUAAUAGCUCACUAGCUGUGCAUCGAAGGGUUCACACAGGGGAAAAGCCAUAUAAAUGCUUGGAGUGUGGAAAGAGCUUCCGUGUGAAGAACAAACUUAAUGCACAUAAGAGGAGUCAUGCAGGGAACAAGCCAUAUAAAUGUUUGCAGUGUGGAAAGAACUUUUCUCAAAAUAGAACUCUAAUUAUUCAUCAGAGGGUUCACACAGGGGAGAAGCCAUAUAAAUGCUUGCAGUGUGGAAAGAGCUUCUCUCAGCGUAGUGGCCUAAGUAUUCAUCAAAGGAUUCACACAGGGGAGAGGCCAUAUAAAUGCUUGGAGUGUGGAAAGAGCUUUUCUCAGAGUGGCCAACUAAGAGGACAUCAAAGGUUUCACACAGGGGAGAAGCCAUAUAAAUGCUUGGAGUGUGGAAAGAGUUUCUCUCGGGGUUGUGACCUAAGUAUUCAUCAAAGGAUUCACACAGGGGAGAAGCUGUAUAAAUGCUUGGAGUGUGGAAAGAGCUUCUCUCAGAGCAAUGACCUACGUAUUCAUCAAAGGAUUCACACAGGGGAGAGGCCAUAUAAAUGUUUGGAGUGUGGAAAGAGCUUCAGUAGGAAGAAGGGACUUACAGCACAUCAGCGAAUUCACACAGGGGAGAAGCCCUAUAAAUGCUUGGAGUGUGGAAAGAGCUUUUCUUUUAAUAGCUCACUAGCUGUGCAUCGAAGGGUUCACACAGGGGAAAAGCCAUAUAAAUGCUUGGAGUGUGGAAAGAGCUUCUCUAAAAGUGGUACCCUAGCUAUACAUCGCAGGAUUCACACAGGGGAGAAGCCAUAUAAAUGCUUGGAGUGUGGAAAGCUCUUCCGUGUGAAGGACAAACUUAAUGCCCAUCGAAGAAUUCACAUAGGGGAAAAGCCCCAUAAAUGCUUGGAGUGUGGAAAGAGCUUCUAUACUAAUAGCUGUCUAACUGCACAUCACAGGAUGCACACGGGAGAGAAGCCAUACAAAUGCUUGGAGUGUGGCAAGAGCUUCUCUGAGAGUAGCGACCUAACUAAACAUCAAAGAGUUCACACAGGGGAGAAGCCAUAUGAAUGCUUGGAGUGUGGGAAAAGGUUCUCUCAGAGUGGCCAAGUAACAAUACAUCAAAGGGUUCACACAGGGGUGAAGCCAUAUAAAUGUUUGGAGUGUGGAAAGAGCUUUUCUGUUCGUAGCGCAUUAGUUUCACAUCACAGGAUUCACACAGGAGAGAAGCCAUAUAAAUGCUUGGAGUGUGGAAAGAGCUUUUCUUUUCAUAACGCACUAGUUUCACAUCACAGGAUUCACACAGGAGAGAAGCCAUAUAAAUGCUUGGAGUGUGGGAAGAGCUUCUGUCAGGGUAGCCAACUAGCAGCACAUCAAAAGAUUCACACAGGGGAGAAGCCAUAUCAAUGCUUGGAGUGUGGGAAGAGCUUCUCUCGGAGUUGCCACCUAGCAGUACAUAGAAGGAUUCACACAGGGGAGAAACCAUACAAAUGCUUGGAGUGUGGAAAGAGCUUCUCUGUGAGUAGUCAUCUAAGAGUACAUCAAAGGGUUCACACACGGGAGAAGCCAUAUAAGUGUGCCGAAUGCGGGAAAAGUUUUCGCCUCAAGGCUAAACUGGUCAGACAUCAGCGCAUUCACACCGGAGAGAGACCUUACGAGUGCCUCGACUGCGGGAAGACCUUCUGUCGUAGCGACGGUUUACUCUCCCAUCAGAGAUCCCACACAGGGGAGAAGCCGUACAAGUGCAUGGAGUGCGGGAAAGGUUUUCGGUGGAGGAACAAGUGGCUCGCACAUCAGAAGGUCCAUACAGGAGGGAUGGACUGGGAACAAGUGGAAAUCCUCAAUUACUAGUGGCAGAGGGCAGUCACAAAGCAGGAAGG